AUCAAAAAAACCUCCCACUUUCCAAUUCACAGUCUCCAAGCCGUUCCAAAUUCUCAUCCCCAUAUUUCACUACCAAAUUGAAAUUCAAUGCAAGAAACCUUGCCACUUCCAAUUCAAUCCCGUCUUCGGGAUCGGCUGCUCUCAAUUCCAAAUGUUGAAGCAAAACCUAGCCCUUUAAUCCUCCCCCGUCGUCGCUGCCGGCCGUUUGACUCCAUUCGCCGACGAUUCUACCACCACAAACUGCUGAAGACAACAAAUUACUGUCAAUACACUUAGAAUUUUGAGAUAUAUACGUAGUGCUGCUUGCUCGCGCUUCGCCGCCAUUCUAUUGUAUUGUUGCUUGAUUUCACUCAUCCAUCAUCGUUCGCCAAAGCAUUAAAGUUAGUCUAGCGUUCCGAUUUUAAUUCCCGUUCGGUGGCUCCAGUCAAUUUAUGAUUUUAGCGAAUUUGUGAUUUGUGAAUAUGUGAUUUGUCAAUUGUUGAUGGAUAAUUAAUUUUUGAUUUGCGUUUGUGAAUUGUGAUUCGUGAGAUUUAGUUGGGGAUUGUAUCAACAAUUCAAAAUAGAUACAACAUUAUUAAUGAGAUUGUAAUUUAUGAAACCGUUAAACUUAGUAACUUAAACCAUUAUUGAUAGAAAUAUUACUUUUUCACUUGAAUUGAUUCUUUUCAUUAUAUGUUUGUAUCAGUUAUGGAAAAGUACUUUAAACGUAAAUCUGUGUUUCCUUGCGAUGACCAAAAUGUUAAUGAAAGAAAUGUUCGAGAUAAAAGGGAUGGACGUGAUGUUGGAUAUAAAAGGAUGACGAACUUGGUGAUGAAAUGAAUGAAAUUGGUGGAACUAGUCUUGGAGAUGUCCCAAUUGAAACAAAUACCAGGGAUAUUGGGGAUGAAAGGCUUGAAUUUGAUGUUGCGCAGCUUCCUUUGGAUCCUAGAUUGAGGAUUUCAAUACAAAAUUAUGAUACUGAUGUUCGAGAUGUAAUUCGAAGAGCAUAUGUGCAAAGGGGUCCAUGUCAGCCUCGCAAUCAUGAAUUUCCACCCAAAAAAAUGGGGAAUAAAGAUAGGCGAUUUUGUGUUUCAUGGUAUAACGAGUAUCCUAGUUGGUUGGAAUACAUCAUAGCAAAAGAUGUUGUAUUUUGCUUAUACUGCUAUCUUUUUAGCUCAAGUGAUGGUUCAUUUGUUAAUGGUGGGUUCUCAAAUUGGAAAAGAAAGGACAUUAUUAGAAAACAUGUUGGGGCACCAAGUAGUGCACACAAUCAGGCUCGGGUCCGGUAUGAAUCAUUCAAGAAUCAAAGACAAAGCAUUCAAUUGUGUUUCAUUAAACAAUCACAUCAAGCUCGAACAGAGUAUCGAAUUCGUUUAAAUGCAUCAAUUGAUUGUGUUCGGUUUCUUCUACGACAAGGGAUGGCCUUUCAUGGACAUGAUGAAUCUGAAGAUUCAAACAAUUGAGGAAACUUUCUUGAACUAUUACAUUGGUUUUGUGAUCAUAAUGUUGAGAUUAAGGCUGUUGCUUUGACGAAUGCACCUGAAAAUCACAAAUUUACGUCACCACGAGUUUAGAAAGAUAUUGUGAGUGCUAUCGCUUCUGCAACUCUUAAUGUGAUUAUCAAAGAUAUGAAGGAUAGCUUGUUUUCUAUUAUAGUUGAUGAAUCUCGAGACAUUUCAGUGAAAGAGCAAAUGUCAGUUGUUAUACGUUAUAUGAAGAAUGGGCAUGUAUUAGAACAUUUUAUUGGUGUUACGCAUGUUUCAAGUACCACAGCUGUUGCACUCAAGGCUGCAAUUGAUCAAUUAUUCUCCACGCAUAGCUUAAGUUUAUCUAAUUUGAGGGGUCAAGGAUAUGAUGGAGCGAGUGAUGUGAGAGGUGAGUAAAAUGGUCUCAAAUCACUUAUUUUGAAGAAAAC